CGCUGUGUUGAUUUCCCGACGCUCCAGGACCGCCGCAGAGGCUCCCUAGACCGCUCCAAGACCGCCCAGGAGCCUUCCGUAGCCAUUUUGGCUCAAGCCAGUUGGGCUCUCAAGGCACAUCAGUUCACAUCAGUUCACAUACCCUGCUGGCGUCUUCAGAGGCAGAUGGCAUCAUUUCAUCUGCUCACCUUGCUCGUGUAUGGAAUAAUGAGAGUUCCAGCAGCGGUGAAUCUUGGGUAUUUGUCUUCCGUGUCGACGGCAGUGCCAACGCCAGAUAAGUGGCCGACGGCAGCUCCCAAGAACGCGUGGAUCUGGAACAUGCACCAUAGUGGCGAUGCAAUAAGAUUUAUGUAUGACCCAGUCAUGCUCACAGUGGGCGAGGCUUUGCGCGAUCACGGCGCCAAAGUUGCUUUCGUGUCCAAGGACAAUUUGGAUUCGGAUGACAGCAGAAGUGCUAUGUUAGAGAAUAUCACCGCCGCAGUCGCACGUGGCCAGAAGCCACUCAUUGUGGCACUCGCGAUCUUUUUCACUGGUGCGGAUGCACCGUUGUCGCUCUUGCGGAAGUGCAGAGGUCUUGGUGCGUUUGUCGUCUUCUAUCAGACAGAGAUGUCUGAUUUUCACUAGCACCUCCGGAUGUGCGAUGGUUUGUGCGACGAGAUCUGGGAUUACUCGCGUGCGAAUUUGGACAACUACCCCGAAUCUUGGAGACGUGUUAAAAACCGAUACGUGCCCCCAGGGUAUGCGCAGGCCUUGGACUUUGGCGUUAGCGUGGCGAAGCAGGAGGCACAUGUGGAGAAUGUUGGUUUCUUAGGCAGUUGGGGUAGCCGUCGCGAUGAUAGAGGAGCCCCGUUGGAGCCAAUGUACCGCGAUGUGUUCGGUGCCAAGUUAGUCAGCAAGAAUAAUAUCCACACGGCAGAAGAUUUCAUUGGGUUCUUCACAGACUAUCCGGUGCAAUUGGUCACGUACAGGAAUGAGAAUUGUUGCCCAAGUACUAAUGCGUUGACGGCAUUCCGCAUGGCGCAGCUCAUCUCGAAUCGAGCCUGCGUGAUAUCGGCUCGCGCCUACCCGCGUGACGAGGAGGAGUGGCAGGGCAUAGUGCACUUCGCAGAGCGGUCCCAAAUAGCCAAUUUGUUCGACGAGAAGAGCAGGGAUGUCGGCAACUGUCAGAAACAGAGCUUCGAGAAGUUCAAAAUCAAGUUCAGACCGUUGUCGAUUUUGGAACGCUCUGGCUUCUUCGACGUUUGGUAACUCUUUAGCUUUGCGCAUCAUUCUUCCCAUGGAGAUCGACAGCGUCUAGCUCUGCGUGUCUCUCUCUUCCCUUCUUCGUCCCUCCUCCUCGUCCUCUUUCUCGCACCUUCUCCUCUUCCUCCUCGACGACGCCGGCGGCGGAACAUUUAUUCGCCUAUUUCAAGUGUAUAUUUGACAUUGUAUUGGCGUGCCGCACUCUUCUCCACAGCCCCCCCCCCUGUCUGCAAGCGUUCGGCCCUUGAACGCUCACAGCUGUUGUGCAGUGCUCUUCUCCGCGCCCUCGCUGUCUGCAGGCGAUUGGCCUCUGACACGAUCGAGUCUCGCAGAA